AGGGGAAGGCGGGGUGGUGGUAGUAGGCCCAAGUCAACAAUAUGGCGGCCCGGGGUUGCUACGGUGCCCAAGUUUGAGGGGUGUCAGAGGCCUCGCCUCGCCCUUCUACCUCAGAUCUUCCUCAGCUCGCCCGCCAUGGCCCGGCAUAGGAAUGUGCGUGGCUACAACUACGAUGAAGAUUUUGAAGAAGAUGAUCUUUAUGGGCAGUCUGUAGAAGAUGAUUACUGCAUCUCACCAUCAACAGCUGCUCAGUUUAUUUAUUCAAAACGAGAGAAUCCUUCAGUUUCUGGAGAACCAUUAGAAGAAUAUGAUUAUGAAGACUCAGAACAUAGCAAUUUUAUCUCCAGUCACCAGCUGACUGGACUCGAAAAAGCUCAACUUAAUGCAUGUCUUGACCAUAUGAGAGAAGUACUGGGAGAUUCAGUGCCAGAAAAAACGCUGGUGGAAGCAGUACUCCAAAGUAAAUUUGAUAUACAGCAAGCUUUGGAUUCUAUCCUUGCACAAGACAAUAAGCAAAAUACAAAGACCAAGAAUGAGGAUAAUGUGAUUGUAGGAAAGCCAACUAAAGGCUUAUUUUGUUCAGAAAUAUUUUCUAAUAUUAAUCACUUGAGUAACUUGGUUGAAAACAUUUCUGAUUCCACUGGUUCCUCCUUUAGUUUUAAUGGCCCAAUUGUCAAUGUUGAAUCCACUUACAAUACUUCAGUUCCAAGUGAUAAAAUUCUCUUGAGAUCUAAACGUUGGAAAACUUCUGCCAAAAAGAAAACUUUAGCAUCUUCGUGUAAAUCCUUGGAAACUCUUCCUUUAUCAUUCAUUGAUAGCACUAAACAAUUCAUCAAGUGUGACACUCUCCCACAAGCUGACAGCAAUAGCACUAUAAGAAAAGUGAGGGAUUCUCAAGCCACUAGAAUAGAUUCUGACAUUGUGCCAAAAGUUACCAAAAUGACUGUGUCUGGAAAGAAGCAAGCUACUGGCUUUGAAGUCCCAUGUGGUGCAAAUGUGGAAGAGAAUGGACAUAAUAACUUCAUGCCACAAAAAGGAUUCCCUGCUGGUGAUGCCAUUGCAAAUAUGGGGAUAGCUGAGAUACUACCUAAAUCAACUUUUCCAUCCCAGACCAUUCAAGCAUCAGAAGACCCAUCAGUGGUACCAACUCCUGUGAAAAAAUCUGGAAAAGCCAAACAACAAUUAGAUGUAAAAGCUGAGUUGGAGAAGAGACAAGGAGGAAAGCAUUUGCUUAACCUUGUAGUAAUAGGACAUGUUGAUGCAGGAAAAAGUACUUUAAUGGGUCAUUUGUUGUACCUUCUGGGUAAUGUGAACAAGCGAACUAUGCACAAAUAUGAGCAAGAAUCAAAGAAAGCUGGAAAAGCAUCAUUUGCUUAUGCAUGGGUCUUAGAUGAAACGGGGGAAGAGAGAGAAAGGGGCGUAACAAUGGAUGUAGGUAUGACCAAAUUUGAGACAAAGACAAAAGUUAUUACACUAAUGGAUGCUCCUGGCCAUAAAGACUUCAUUCCAAAUAUGAUCACAGGAGCUGCCCAGGCUGAUGUGGCUGUAUUAGUGGUGGAUGCCAGCAGAGGGGAAUUUGAAGCUGGUUUUGAGACUGGUGGGCAGACACGAGAACAUGGUCUCUUAGUUCGAUCACUUGGAGUUACACAACUAGCAGUUGCAGUCAAUAAAAUGGAUCAGGUCAGUUGGCAACAGGAACGAUUUCAGGAAAUUGUCAAUAAACUUGGACAAUUCCUUAAGCAAGCUGGCUUUAAGGAAUCAGAUGUAGCUUACAUCCCUACCAGUGGACUUGGUGGUGAAAAUCUUGUAACAAAAAGUCAAUCAAGUGAACUGGCCAAAUGGUAUGGAGGAAAAUGUCUGCUGGAACAAAUUGAUUCUUUCAAGCCACCUCAAAGAUCAAUUGAUAAACCAUUCAGAUUAUGUGUAUCAGAUGUUUUUAAAGAUCAAGGAUCAGGAUUUUGUGUGACAGGUAAAAUUGAAGCAGGAUACGUCCAAGUUGGGGAACGACUGCUCGUGAUGCCUCCUAAUGAAACUUGCACUGUGAAAGGAAUUGCUCUUCAUGAGCAACCAGUGGAUUGGGCUGCAGCUGGAGAUCACGUUAGUCUCACUUUGACUGGCAUGGAUAUCAUCAAAAUCAAUGUUGGUUGUAUAUUUUGCUGUCCCAAGGAGCCAAUUAAAAUCUGCACACGCUUCAGAGCUCGGGUUCUUAUCUUCAAUAUUGAAAUACCUGUCACCAAAGGGUUUCCUGUGCUUUUGUAUUUUCAAACUGUAAGUGAGCCUGCUACUAUUAGAAAAUUAUUGAGUGUGCUUCAUAAGAGUACUGGUGAAGUUGCCAAGAAAAGACCUAAGUGUCUGACAAAAGGGCAGAAUGCUUUAAUAGAACUACAAACCCAAAGGCCUAUUGCUUUGGAGCUUUAUAAAGGCUUUAAGGAACUUGGAAGAUUUAUGUUGCGCUAUGGUGGAUCCACUAUAGCAGCAGGAGUAGUUGUGGAGAUUAAGGAGUGAAAGCUGUGCCAGGACAUCUGCAGUCCAGGCAAAUGAAAUCAUACGCUCAAAUAUACUUCUUCGAGGAAUCCAUUUGUAUCUAUUGAAGAAACAAAAACGAUUAUGUAUUGGCAAUUAUGUAUGGGGUACUCUGCAAACAUUUCGAGGCCAUUGUUACUGUAGAACAAUUUGCCAGCAAGGAAAUACUCAUUGCACUUCCUCAUUGCACAAGUUUCAGCAUAUUCCCAAACUAAAAUGUCAUCCCAUCAGUAGUUCUAGUGGAUCUUUUUCAAAAAUUGAUUGGAAUGAUGUAAUAAAGGAUGAAGAUUCAUCAUGAGAAAAAUGUUACUUCCAGCCUUAAACUUUGUUUACAAUUUAUAAUGGGAGCUGAUUCUUUGCUGCAUGGUAUUUUAUAAAGUACAUCAAUUGGGCUAAAAUAUUCCAAGUUUUAUACAACUACAUUUUCAAAGAAUCCUGUUUCCUUCUGUUUCAGAAAACAUGUAAUGCUGCACCUAGAAAUUAAUUUCCAUCUUAAUUUUAUUUAAAAAUUUGAGUAGAUAUAGCUUGUCCAAUAAUGACUAAUUUUAUUUUUUAAAUUGUAGAAGUAUAAUAAAAUAGUCAUCUGAGCAUAAUCAUCUUGGCUUUUUACAUGGUCUUUUAUAAAUUAAAAUCCUGCCAAAAAAAUUGGUUCUUAUGUAACAGAACAUACCCUCUACAUGACCUCUCUGACAGUUGUACGUGAAAACAUAGUGCAACUCCCCCAAAACUAUGUCAAAACAAAUACUUUAUAAGUUAUAAUUUUAUUUGAGUUCGAGAUUGGAAUGAAGUAUGUAGUCCUUCUGCAUAAAAAUGUACUUACUCCUA